GGUGAAAUGGGUCAAAGCCAAAGAAAUUUAGUAAAAUGAAGAAGUCAGUUAAUCUUCCAAUAUCUACUAGCUUCAGAUCAUCCUCUCUAGAUUCUUUCAAGAGAAUGUAUGAAAUAGAGCCAAUGGUCCUUGGAGGUGGAGCAUUUGGUAAAGUAUUCCAAGGUCAUGAUACCAAAAAUCCUUCUGUAAAGGUAGCAAUAAAGGUCAUUGAGAAAUAAGACUCUUGGAAGCAAUAUUGAUUUAGUGAAAUCAGAGUGACAAAUUCUUAGAAAUCUUGAUCACCCAAAUAUUAUUAAUUACAGAGAUGUCUACGAGUCCCCCACGAGUGUUUACAUCGUUACAGAGCUUUGCAAAGGGAGAGAUUUAUUUCAGAUAUAUUGUAAAAAGAGUGUUGUCAUGAACGAAUAUGACUGUGCUAAACUAGCUAAGACUUUAAUCAAAGCUCUCAUUCAUUGCCAUUCUGAGAAAAUUGUUCAUAGAGAUCUUAAACUAGAAAACAUCAUGUUUGCUGAUGAGGACGAGAGUGAUUUCUCUAAUGUCAAGAUUAUAGAUUUUGGGCUGGCUGCUAAAUUUCAAGGCAUCCAUUCUACCAAAAUGAGUGGAGUAGUGGGAUCUCCUUAUUUUACAGCACCAGAAGUAUUUGAUGAUGACUAUAACGAAUCUUGAGACAUUUGGUCCCUUGGAGUUAUCUUGUAUGUUUUAUUAAGUGGUGAUUACCCUUACACAGCAAAUAGCGUUUCUUUAUUGAAGGAUCAAAUUAAAGUCAAGGAAGUACAAUUUCCGUAUAGAAAGUGGGAUAUUAUCUCAGAGUCAGUCCAAGAUCUUCUCUACAAAAUGCUUGACAAUUUCCCUCGUUCUCGUAUCACCCUCAAGGAAUGUCUUGAACAUGAGUGGUUUAAAUCUAUUAAAAACGAAGAAAUAUCCAAAAUAUCAGAUGAAGAAGAGUUAAAUGAUGUGAUGGAAUCCCUCCAAAAAUAUAACUCUCUCACUAUCCUUCACAAAGAAGCCAUGUCUGUUUUUGUGAAGAGUUUGAACAGUAAUGAACUCAAGAAAUUAGAAGAAAUCUUCUCAGACCUUGACGAAGACAACACUGGAAUGAUCACCCCUGAAGAGCUUCAAGCUGGGCUAAAGAAAUUAGGUAAAAAGACCUCAGCUAAGGAGAUUAAGUCAAUUAUUUCCAAAGUAGAUUACCUUGGGAACGGAAAGAUUAACUAUAGCGAAUUCUUAGCAGCCACAGUUAAGGUUAAAGAUCUCCUCUCAGAAGAGCAAAUAGCUACUCUAUUUGAAAAUUUUGAUGUGGAUGGCUCAGGAAUAAUAACAAUAGAUAACUUGAAAGAAGCCUUUUCAAAGAACGGAAAGCAUCUCUCCGAGCAGGAAAUCGAUGCUAUUAUGAAAGAGCAUGAUCUUGAGAAAAAUGGGGUCUUAACUUAUGAAGAAUUCAGAGCAAUGAUGCUGCAAAACGUUGAUUUCUAA